AUGAAAUUAGCCAAGCGUAAGCUGCCGGCUGAGAUUGAGGGCCAGCCCGUCUCCCUCCUCCCGGAGGACCCGGAGGACAUGUGGCAUGCCUAUAACCUCAUCAGCACUGGCGACAUCAUCCAUGGCCACACCAGCCGCAAGGUCGUGCGCAAGAACGAUGCGACCGAUCAGACAUCCGCCGAGCGUGUCCAUCUCGACCUCGCUAUCAAGGUUCGUGGCACGUCUUUCGACCCCAUCACCUCGAUCCUCCGUGUCACGGGUGCCGUCGUCACAGAGAACGAGCAUGCGCCCCUAGGCUCGCAGCACUCCAUCGAAGUCGAGCCUCACCGAGCCUUCACCAUAAUCAAGCCCGAGCCCGAAGGAUGGGACUCAGUCGCGACCGAGACCCUCCGCGAGGCCCUCUCCGACGACAAGGAUGGCGCCCUCGCUGCCGUCGUCAUGCAGGAAGGCAUCGCCAACAUCUGCCUCGUUACCCAGUUCCGUACCGUUCUCAAGACCAGGGUAGAGAGUGUCAUCCCCAAGAAGCGUGACACUUCCUCUGACCAGGAAGCCGGCAUGCGACGCUUCUUCGAAAAGGUCCUGGCCUCUCUGCAGCGCGCCGUCGACUUCUCGCAAUCCCGUCCCCUCCUCCUCGCGAGCCCUGGCUUCGUCGCCAACGACUUUAAGAAUUUCAUCGCCGCCAAGGGUCGUGACAGCAACGACAAGGUGCUCGCCAACGUCGCCAAGCUCGCCACAGUCGUGCAUGCCAACACCGGUCAUGUUCACAGUCUGAAUGAAGUGCUGAAGAGCCCCGAGGUUCUGGCCAAGAUGAAGGAUGUACGGUUCGCCAAGGAGGCUCUUUUGAUGGACAGCUUCUUUGAAAUGCUGAAGCUCGACGAUGGCCGGGCGUGGUACGGUGCCAAGGCCGUUGAGAAGGCAGUCGACGAGGGCGCCGUAGGGCCGGGUGGCGGAGCUCUCCUUAUCAACAACUCCCUAUUUCGAAGCCAGAAUCUUGCCGUACGCAAAAAGUAUGUCGCGAUUGUAGAUAAGGUCAAGGCCGACGGGGGGGAGGCGCGCAUCCUCAGCAGUGACCACGAGAGUGGGCAGCGGUUAGGUAUGUUGGGAGAUAUCGCAGCAAUCCUCAACUACCCCAUGCACGACCUGGACGAGGAAGAGGAGGAGGAAGAAGAGCAACAGGUUAUACCAAGGCAUCAUGAGGAUGACCCGGCUAUGUUAGACAGUAUCUGGGAGGUGCAUACAAUCGCCACCAUCAUUCUCCUGGAAUAUUCGGCUCGUUUCCAAUUUGAUUUUAGUCUACGCAGGAUGGGAUCCAAACUUCGAAUCGACUCGACGAUCAAGCUCAACUCAGGCUAUCAUAUGCCUAUCUUGGGUUUUGGCGUAUAUCAGACUCCUCGAGAAAAUGCCAGGGAGAUUUGUACGUUAGCCCUCAACGCCGGCUAUCGUCAUAUGGAUUCCGCCACAGCCUACCGCAACCAAGGACCGUCAGCCGCAUCAAUCCCAGCAUCCGGGCUACCCAGAGAAGACAUCUUCUUCACCACCAAGGUCCCCGUCAAGAAGAAGCCCCUCGGUUACGACACCGUGUGCGCGCUCGUGGACGACGCCCUGAAAGAGACAAACCUCACAUACAUCGACCUCAUCCUCAUCCACUGGCCAUACGGCGGCCCCGAAGCUCGCAAGGGCGCGUGGAAGGCCCUCGUCGAGGCCGUAGAGGCGGGAAAAGUACGGUCCAUCGGCGUGUCGAACUACGGCGUGCACCACCUCGCGGAGCUGGAAGGUCACAUCAGGGAGCUCGAGGCCGAGCGGGGUGGUCCAGGAAGAGGAGGUGUCAUCUCGGUAGGCCAGUGGGAGCUGCACCCAUGGCUGACGCGGCCAGACAUUGUGCAGUGGUGCCGGGAGCGCAGCAUCGCCGUCCAGGCGUACUGCCCCCUUGUGCGCGGGGAGCGCUGGGGGGACGCCAAGAUCGUGGCCAUGAGCAGGAAGUAUGGGAAGACGGAGGCGCAGAUCCUGCUGAGGUGGAGUAUCCAGCGUGGGUAUGUGCCUCUUGUGAAGAGCGUGACGCCCUCGCGCAUCGUGGAGAACACGGGGCUGUUUGAUUUUGAGUUGACGGAUGCUGAGGUGGAGGACAUCAAGACGGAUGAGUACAAGCCCAUCGCUUGGGAUCCAGCCAUGGAGCCGUUAGAAAAGUAA